UUGUAGACAUAACACUUGCGCAUUUCUUGGUACGACGAAUUUCAAGAAAGGAAUGAGAAACGAUGGGACUUUUCCCUCUUCCAACUUUUUCCAGAUGUGAGAGAUCAAUGGAUAAUAUAUCGGAUCAUCUCAACGAGAAUAGCAACCAGAAGAUCAGCUUAUCAGAAGAUUUCGUAACGGCAGAAAUUCCACUGAAUGUUACUGACGAUCAUGUUGAAGCUGAGGUUGCAUUACGAACGAAAGAUGAUGAUUACCAUGAAGGCGUUUCAUUACUUUUAUCUAUCGAUGACACCAUCAAAGAUGAGGAAGCAUCUUCAGCGAAUGAUGAUGAAAUUAAGCCAAGCAUGGGACAUACAAAUUUGGAGCUUUUCGAGGAUACAGCAGCUGAGCUAUUCUCUCAGUACUUGAAGGUUUUCACCCAACCUCAGGCACUUGAAAGAUCUGGGAAGUCGGCAAAUUUGGGUACAUUAUUCGGUGUAUAUUUGCCAACAGUUCAGCAUAUCUUGGGUGUAACCAUGUUUAUACGUCUUUUCUGGGUUGUUGGAAUUGCUGGCAUAUCACAAGCUUCUCUACUUCUUGCACUCUGUUGUUUAACUACUUUCAUCACCAGUAUCAGUUUAUCAGCAAUAGCUACAAAUGGAGAAAUCAAGAGCGGUGGUGCCUAUUAUAUGUUGUCGAGAAAUCUUGGGACAGAAUUUGGUACAGCCAUAGGCAUAUUGUUCUAUUUGGGAAAUGCAGUUGCCGCAUCUAUGUAUUUAGUCGGUGGAGUGGAAAUUUUAUUGAUUUACAUUUUUCCUGAUCUUACCAUUGGCGGCAGAGAAGUGCAGUCACAGACAGACAUGUUUGGUAUGAUGUCGCAUAACUUACGAAUAUACGCUACAUUAUUAUUAUUGCUUGAAUUUGUUGUUGUAGCAAUGGGUGUACGAUUUGUGCAGCUUUUUGCACCGAUCUCACUUUUAUGUGUUAUUUUAUCGAUAUUAUCCUGUAUUGCUGGUGGAAUCGAAAAAUCAAUCAGUCCAGAGAAUGGGCAAAGGGUAUGCAAAAUAGGUGACCAUUUAUUGCAAGCACAAGUAUUCAUGCCGCAAAAUAUCUCAGUUGUGGACAUUUGCAAGUACUGCAAUGAAAAAUAUGUAAGUAGGACUGUUACAGAAUACUGCAGUAAUGGGACAUGUUUUUUACCUAUUAAAUGCGUGAAUGGUUAUCCUGGUUUUAUUGGCGGUGUUCUAAAAGAAAACUUGAAAGCAACUCAUUAUAUGAAAGCUGGUGAAUACAAACCUGGAAAGGCAGCAAAUACCCAUGCAGAAGUGUACCAAGAAAUGCAGACUACAUUCUUCGUAUUACUGGCUAUUUAUUUCCCGGCAGUUACUGGAAUUUUAACAGGAGCUAACAUGAGCGGAGACCUCAAAAAUGCCCAAAAAUCAAUACCGUCAGGUACAUUGGGGGCGCAGUUGACCACUUCAUUGAUCUACUUUGCUCUUGCUUUAACUUUUGGUGCAUCAAUCGAUGGAGAUGUCUUACGGGACAAAUAUGGAGCAUCGAUGGCAGGUAGUAUGGUCGUAGCAAAUUUGGCUUGGCCAAGUCACUGGAUAUUGUUAAUCGGCUCGUUUACGUCGACAUUUGGAGCUGCCCUUCAAUGUUUAUGCAGCGCACCUCGUUUACUGCAGUGCAUAGCACAAGACGAAGUGGUACCAGAGUUAAAGAGUUUUAGGAAAUUGACGAAAAGAAAUGAACCCUUCCAUGGAUUACUGAUUACAACGUUUAUUGCUGAAUUAGCAAUACUUCUUGGUGCAAUGGAUCAUAUUGCUGCUGUCGUUGAUUUCUUCUUCUUGAUGUGUUAUGCAUUUAUUAAUGUCAUCUGUGCAAUGCAUUCUAUUGUCAAGGCACCCAACUGGAGACCUCGUUAUAGAUAUUAUCACUGGUCACUUGCUCUGCUUGGUGCAUUUCUGUGCUUUUUCAUCAUGUUCACGACGCAUUGGGACUAUGCCAUUGUUUCAUGCCUUCUCUGUUUUUCACUUUACAAAUAUACGGAGUACAGAGGAGCAAACAAAGAAUGGGGUAAUGGAAUGCGGGCUGUGUCAAUCUCAACUGCACAAAAAGCUUUGUUAACGAUAGACGAUAGCGAAGCAUCACAUCCAAAAGAUUUCAGGCCGCAGUUGCUACUUCUUUUUGCACUAAAAUGGCAGGAUGAUCAGACUGAUUUACGCUAUAAGCGAUUGCUUCAUUUGGCGUCACAGCUGAAAGCGAGUCAAGGAUUGUGCGUAGUCGUUGCAUUCCUUUGUGGCAAUCCUUUCGAUGAAAAUGAUCGAAACAGUGCUAAUGAGAUACGAAAGCGAUUAAAAUAUUAUAUGAAAGAAGCAAAGCUUCGUGGAUUUGCGAAAACUCUUGUAUAUGGCGAAUCUCAGAUCUGUGGGAGUAUUUCGACAGUUAUCCAGAGUACUGGAGUCGGUGCUCUUUGUCCGAAUACACUGCUAUUGAAAUGGCCGAAAUAUAGUUCAGACUGGCCCUCCGAACCACCAGAUUCAGAAUAUUCAACAUUUGUUGACAAAUUACAUGCUGGAUAUGUCAUGAAAAUGUGUCUCCUCGUAGCAAAAGAAAUAUCACAUUUUCCCUACAUAACUGAACCGGUAAAGGAAGGCUAUGUCGAUGCAUACUGGAUAAUUCGUGAUCGAGGCUUUCUUGGGUUAAUAGCUCAUUUAUUACUGAAUCACAAGGUUUGGCGUGGAUGCCAAUUGCGUGUGAUUGGUAUUGCUCGUGAUAGUGAAGAAAAGAAAGAGAUGAUUGGUAGGAUUAAUUUCUAUUUGAAAGCGAUGCGCAUUGAUGCUACUGUGCAGGUGGACAUACUGAGUGAUCCUAAUAUAUCACGGUCCGACUUUGAGCGGACGUUAAUGAUGGAAGAAAGGAGUCAAAUGGCACGUGAGGCGAGAAGAUUUGCGAUGAUGGAGAAAAACAGUAAACCGUUAAUGGAGUCUGGUGACAAAACAAAUGAUGUCGAUAACACUGAGCCUCUGAAAAAAAAUCGUUUCUGUGUUGAAAAACAUGCUGGCGAUAUCACCACAAUCGAUGUUGAAGAGAACGGUUAUGGUAAAACCAAUGAAGAUCUCGUCACCGACGACGUUAAUUUGGAUUUAAAUAUAAUGGAAAGUCAAAAUGUUCAGACAUUUCCGACAGAGACAGAAUUAGGGAGAAAAAUUGUGAAGAAACUGCGAAUACGUGAUGAGGAUAUCAAAUAUGAUAAUGAAAGAAUAAGGCGCCUGCAGAAUUUAGACAGGCGAAAGGUUCACAAAAUGCACACAGCUACCCGUUUGAAUGCUUUGUUUAGGAGGACAUCCGAAAAAAGCCAACUGAUAUUACUUAAUCUUCCAAAACCUCCCGAAGUGAAAGAAGGUUUCACAGAUUAUUUGCAUUAUUUAGAGGAGCUUACAGCAGGCUUACCGCGAGUCCUUUUUGUACGUGGAGCUGGAGCAGAAACUCUCACUUCAACUGCUUGAUUUUUUAUAUGAUUCUUUUUUUAAUUUAAAAUUGGCUGACUAUCCAGCACUUCUUUAUUGUAUACUACAGUUACUACGUGUUGUGCAACUACGGUUUUUACUCGCUUAACUUUGUUUUAUAACUAGCUAGCAAUCAAUGAAUAUAUCCUGAAAUGAAAUAGGAGAAACUUACUAUAUCAAAAGAAAGUAAGGAUUUGU